ACCUCUCUCUUUUUUCCCUAUUUUUUUCACUAUAUAUAAGCUUCUUCUUAAACCCCGUGAUUAGUUGAUCACCAGAAAGCCUUUUUCAUUUCGUUUCUCGUUUGAUUUCAAAAAUUUAAAGGGAAAAAGGAAUGGAUGUUACGCAUACCCAUCUCGUUUUUCAGUGUCUUCAUCGUCUUUGUUUGGAGAUUUCAUUGAAAAGAUCAAAUUUUCUUGCAAUUUCGCUGUUUCUGUCAUCAUUGGGAAGUUUUUCUCUGCGAUCUUAACCUUCUUCUUUGCAUUAGUGGGCACCUUGCUAGGGGCCAUGACGGGGGCUUUGAUAGGACAAGAAAUAGAGAGUGGGUUCGUUCGGGGCGCUGCAGUUGGGGCCAUCUCCGGGGCAGUUUUCUCGAUCGAAGUCUUCGAGUCGUCUCUGGUUCUUUGGCAGUCUGAUGAAUCCAGGAUCGGUUGCUUGCUUUACUUGAUUGAUGUCAUUGCAAUCCUUAUAAGUGGGAGGCUUGUCCGAGAACGAAUUGGUCCCGCGAUGCUGAGCGCGGUCCAAAGCCAGAUGGGAGCUGCUGAAACAACUUUUGAGGAUUUCCAGAACAUAUUCAACAUCGGUGGUACCAAAGGAUUGGAUGGAGAUUUGGUUGAAAAGAUCCCAAAGAUCAAAAUCAAAAACAAUAACAAUGCCGACGGGGAGAAAGUUUCAUGUUCCGUUAGCCUUCAGGUUUCCAUUUCUGACACGUUGUUGACCAACGAAAUCCUCGUGAAAGAUCGUCGAGAACGUUUCGUCGCAUCCGAACGUGAUCGACCUCCACGACAUUUACGAAAUCAAAGUGACGUUCACUUAGAAUUUGAGCUCUGCUCUGAUGAUUUGGGACGAUUCUUGGAGAGAAUCACUUGGUUUUUCUUCAUCUUGCAAGCAUACACCGCCAAGAUACCCAAAGAAGCUAGUUCGUGA